AACAAGUGGCAAGAACUCACAGAUAGAGCAUGUGUGCUGUUCCCAUGCAGUAAAACCUGUUUGGAUUAUAGUUAAGUAGCUUUGUAAAGAAAAUCAAUCUCACAGUCUUAUAAGAAAUCAGAGACGAGUUGCUGUGUAAAGACUAUGAAGCAGGUCAUUUGGACUGUAGCACUGAUAGUUGUACUGGGAUCGACUUUUGGACAUGGCUCCUCAGUUACCUGUAUCUUCGCCCAGGAUUGCGUACUUCCCUGUACGUCCGGCUAUCACGACGUCAUCCACUGGUACAAAGAUGAUAACGUGGUCCAUUCGUUCUACCAGUCUAAAGAUCAGCUCAGCUAUCAGGACACGAACUAUUCCGGCAGAACGUCUCUGUUCAACGAUCAGAUCCCGAAAGGAAAUCUGUCCCUGCUUCUGAGAGGAGUGAGGAUCAGUGACGAAGGAAGGUACAAGUGCUACACGGCCGACAAAACAAGCAACAAGGAAUUAUUCGUCAAAGUGAACGUAAAGGCCCCCAUCAAAGCAGCGGAUAUAAAAAUCACAGAUAACACAAUCUCCUGCAGCACGAGUGGAGUUUUCCCAGAACCCCACAUUUCUUGGUUCAUCGAUGACAUGCCAAUAUCAGCAUCUCAUUCUAAGACGGAGCGAGACGAACAGGACCUGUUUUCACUGAACGGCACGUUGGACACACGGGUCCAGCUUAACAUUACGUACAAGUGCUCCGUCAGCUUUCAGGACCUGAGUCAGACAUACACAGCCAGUAUAAGGAAAGAGGAAGUUGAAUCGUAUUCGGGACAGAACGCGACCAUCCGAUGUCCCGCCUCUGACGGAGACCCUGAACACUACAACCUGAGUCUGAGCUUCGACGACUCCACCAACGUUCUGGCCUACAUCAGCGGCGCCUCGCCACCAUCAAACACCACGAAAACGUGGAGAGACACGGUGGUCCACCUCGUGGAAAGAGGAACGGUCACAUUCCAGAACGUGGACAGAGAGAAGCAUUCUGGGAUGUACACAUGCGAGAGGUUGGAGCACCAGUCCAGAGAGUUGGUGCUCACACGGAUGCAAAUCGAAGCAGAUUUAUCCUGGAUUGGCAUUGUGGUGCCCAUUGUUGCAAUUGCUGUCAUUGCUGUUUGCAUCACAGUAGUAAUAUAUCUCAAAUACCAAAGAAACAAAUCUCAGAAGUGCUAUCAACCUGGUCGGGUGUCCGAUCAAAACUGACCGCGUGCGAUGGAGGAAAGGUCAGAUUUAUACUGCUGGUGGGAGAUGAGAAGUGGUCGGCGACGGCAUGCGUGUCAGAUGGGUGGUGGAUGAUCUGCGGCUAACCGUGGCAAGAACGAGGACAGUGGGGUAUGAAUUGAAAAAAUGAAUCAUAAAUGACUACAUUUUUGGGACAUAUUACGCCCCCCAAUACCAAGCAUGCACGUUCUGAAUACAUCAGACUAUUGUACCUGAGUAUUGUUGCUGACCGGGUGCAGGCCUUUGGCAUGAUGAUGCGCCAUAGAACAAAGCACAAGUCACUAUUAACAGGUUGAUGGAUGUAACAAUGAGUCCAGGUUACUUGAUUGGCCUGCCCAGUCACCAGAUCUGAAUCUAAAACAACAUCUUCGGGAUGUGGUAGAUGUAGAUUCGCAUCAUGUACGUGCAGUCAACAUAGAGCAGAAAUCCUGAAGAACUAAGAAAUUUGCACUUUCAUUGUGAUAUUCUUUUGAUGUGUUUAAAUUAUUAACUUCAGUCGUCUUGUAAAUGUGUAUAUAAUGUAAUGCACCUAAUAAAGAUGUCUAUUUUUCCAUGUA